CUUAGGAGGAGUGGGGGCGUGAUGUGACUAUCAUGAAGGGACCCUUUGCUUCUGAAUUUGCCAUCAGGCAACUGCUGUUAAUGUAGUAUAAGAGUGCUUUAAAUACAUGGUGUGGAUCCUACCUGAGAGAAAUCAGAACUGACAGGUUCACCCACACCUGAGCUCAUGUAAAACUCAGCCGGAUGGGGACAAAACUAGAUUUAGAUGGCUGUGCCUGUCAUUGGCUCUGGUGCCACCUAUUUCUGGGCUCCCUGACUUCUGCCAAUGGGCAGCAGCCUUCACAGCCGGGGCUUUCUAGUAAUCUGAGAGAGAACUGGUUUAUUUCCUCUGUUUGCUGCUGGCUGGAACUCCUCUUCCUGGCUGCCAUGACGGACCAAACGUACAGAAAGUGCAUCGUUGAUUCUGUAGCGUCUGACUCAUGGUUUGGGUUUAUGUGGUAAGAACAGAGCCCUUGCAUGGAUUCACUGGCUUCCUCAAAAUAUAACUACCAAGAACACUAGAAGCCCCUUUUGUUCCUUCCUGUGCAGUAUGUAACAGGAAGAAAACGAUUAAAGGGGGUUAAACUUUAAGAACAGAGGAAGAACUCUGUAGCAUUGAACCGAAAGGUCCAUUGAGUAAAAGUAUCCUGUUUCCACAAGCCUGGCAUGAGAAGGCGGGAAAGCGAGACCCACGGCAAGAGCUCACAAUGGAGGGCCGGAAGCAGGCCUUGAAAAGCCCCCAGAAGCUCUCUCUGCUCUCAUCCCCAGUGCGGGCUGCCAUUCGCCUGCGGAGGACAGCUCAUGCCUUUAAGAAGAACUUCCUGCCUGGGGACUCCAAAGCGAAGCUUCUCCAGCGGCAGAUCUCCUUGGGGAAGGCCAGACUGGGCAGUGCCUCCACCUCCCUCUUGAGCCAAGCGAGCUUUGAGAGUUCUCAGUACUUCACUUUUGAUACCUCGGUGCAGGAGCCCUCAACCAGAUCCAGCAAGCGGAGGAAGAGGUCCAAGAACCCCAGGGUAUUGUACCCAGGAAACUCCAGGAAAUACCUCCCUGCCGAGCACAAGAGCAAAGCCAAGAGGUGCCUCCUGUUGCUUGUAGGAAUUGUCUGCUUCCAGAUCCUGAACGCCAUCGAGAAUCUGGACGAUAACCUCCUGAAAUAUGAUCUGGAUGGUCUGGAGAAGACAAUGCACCGAGAGGUUUUUGGGCAGGCCUUAGCAGUCGAGAGCAUUGUGGCGUUGCUCAAGGACUACCUGGCAACCCACAUACACAACAAACCACUGGUCAUCUCCUUCAACGGCCCAAGUGGGGUUGGGAAGAGCCACGUCGGUUGGCUGCUAGCCAAACAUUUCAGGUCAGUCAUGGGGCACAGCUCUGUGCUCCAUUACUUCGCCAUGCACCACUGCCCAGACAGCGCUUCCACAUCAGCCUGCCAGCAAGAUUUAUCUAAGACGAUCAGCGAGAUGGUCACCCAAGCCGAAAUUGAAGAGAAGAUCCCUGUGUUUAUCCUGGACGAGGUGGAGUUCAUGUCUACGGCCUUGCUGGAAACACUGGGCGGGUUCUUCCAGACGAACCAAACCAACGAGUUCCUCAAUGCUGUGUACAUCCUGAUAAGCAACCUGGGGGGCAACGAGGUCGCCAAUGUUCUCCUUCAGAAUGCCUCUGGCGACCUACUGCAGCCCCAGAAGAAGGUGGAGUUGCUGCAGGCUGCUCUCCGUCCUGUCCUUGACCAAGUCCACCCUCUUUGGAUGUUGGCGGAGAUCGUUCCCUUCGUCUUGCUGGAGAAGAGCCACAUCCUGAGCUGCUUCUAUGAGGAGAUGAUGAGCGAAGGCCUUUAUCCCGAUCCGAGCCACGUGGAGAGCUUAGCCAGCCAGAUCAACUAUUACACUCAAGGGGGCCAACAGUAUGCCAUCACCGGUUGUAAGCAAGUUAUAGCCAAGGUGAAUCUACUGUAAAGGACAAGUGGGAACUUCUGACAAAAGGGCUGCUUUCCCCCUCUUUUCAUUAUGGAAGGGUGAACUGCAGGGGUCGAGAACUUUCAGCCCAUGGACCAAAUGCGGCCUUCCAGGCUUCAUUAUCCCUCACGUGUACUGGGUUGACCAAUGUCUAGACUUAUUUGCAAAUGUAUAGGGAUGAGAGCAACAUGGCUUUUGGUCGCCAGAAUGUACAGCUAGGAAUAUAGGAAGCGAAGGACUUACACUUGAGAUUGCUUUUUUCCUCUUCCCUCCCAUUUCUUUUUUACCUCACGUGUCAUGUCUUUUUAGAUUGUGAGCCUGACAGCAAAGGACUGCCUUAGUACUGAUUAUUGUGAGCUGCUCAUUUUCUUUCUUUCUUUCUUUCUUUCUUUCUUUCUUUCUUUCUUUCUUUCGGGUGUGAAUGCCAUGAAUAAAUAAAUAUGCCUUUGGGAAGAGGGAUGAUUUUUCAACCACUCUGAAAACUGUAGCUCUGGAAGGGCAAUAGGGGGUUGUCUAGCAACUCUCAGCAGUCUUAUCAAACGACACUCUUAGGAUUCUUUGGGGGAAGCCAUGACUGUUUAAAGUGAUAUAAUACUGCUUGAAGUGUAUAGUGUGGAUGGAGCCCUGGGCAUUACUGGAGUUGAAGGAAAGGCAUAACUCUCAGGGUGUUAAUGUGAAGCAAGGCCAGUGAGAGGUGUGGCCACGGGAGAGUUCUGAGGGCCAGAUAGAGAGGACUUGAGGGCCACAUUUGGUCCUCAGGCCCUGAGGUUCACCAUCCCAGCUAUAAAUGCUUUUGAAUCGGGCUUUUUCCUUUAAAGGGGCACCAGCAAGUUUCCAAUCUUGAACUGGUGGCUCCCAAGGGUUGAAAUAGAAGAAAGCCUCUUUGAGUCAUGGGUAAAAGAGAAAAUCUUACACAAUUACAAGGAGAAACAAAGAUUAGAAUAUAACUGCAUUUAAUCCUGAUGGUUUUAAAUAAAAGUUGCCUCCAGAUGGAGGUUUAAUACUGUAAACAGGUCAUUCAGAUAUUGCAAAUGAGUUGUUGGCAAAAAAAAUUUUUUUUUUAAAAAAAGACUGCAUUUGCAGCUUCUAAAUCUGGAUUAAAUGGGAUGGCAGGAUACAAGCUGGCAUUUUGAUGCAGAUGUUGUCAUGUGGAUGCUACAUAAAGCCUGAAUGGAUGAGGAGCACCGAUCCUGUCUGGAAGCCCCCAAGUUCUUUGCUGUUCCAUAACACUGUCAAUUUAAAAAGCAGCAAUGUUUUCUCAAAAACACAGUCAAAAAUUAAAUUAAAAAGUUGGAAAAAAUGUCAAUCUAAUCAUAUUAUCAGUACUGUAUUGAUUUUGGUUUAUUAGUAUUCUUUGAUAAAGAAGCAGCAAAAAUGGGCUGUAGCCAAUGCUAUUCGGAGCAGACACAUUGAAAUGGAUGAAUGUGACUCAUUAACACUUCUGCUUGUCCCAGCACUUUCCCUGGGAAAACCCACUCUUUACCCCUGAACCAUAGUAAAUGUCAAUUGGAAAACUGCUUGGAUCCAUGCUUUC